AUGUCUACAGCUGCAACUAGUACAAAUGAAUUGGCACUUUUGGAUAAAUCAGUAGUGGUUUCUCCAUUGGUUUUACUAUCGGUAGUGGAUCAUUAUAAUAGAGUUGCCAAAGAUUCCAAGAAAAGAGUCGUUGGGGUAAUAUUGGGAGACAACUCUACCGACACAAUUAAAGUCACAAACUCGUAUGCAAUUCCGUUUGAAGAAGACGAAAAGAAUCCUGGAGUGUGGUUUUUGGAUCACAAUUUCAUAGAUUCAAUGGGGGAAAUGUUCAAAAAAAUCAAUGCCAAAGAAAAAUUGAUUGGCUGGUACCAUUCAGGGCCUAAAUUGAAACCAUCGGAUUUGAAAAUUAACGAAGUUUUCAGAAGAUACACUGAUAACCCGUUGUUGUUAAUUGUUGACGUACAACCAAGAGAAGUUGGCAUUCCAACAGAUGCAUAUUUUGCCGUUGAUGAUAUCAAGAACGAUGGUUCUGCUGCUGAGAAGACUUUUAUUCAUGUUCCUUCUUUGAUUGAAGCAGAAGAAGCCGAAGAGAUUGGGGUUGAGCAUUUGUUAAGAGAUAUUAGAGACCAAGCAGCUGGUAACUUGUCAUUAAGAGUUGCUGAAACACAUCAAUCAUUAUUGGGUUUGCAUCAGAAACUUGGAGAAAUUGCCAAUUAUUUGGAUAAGGUUUACCAAAAGAAAUUACCUAUGAAUCAUACUAUCUUGGGGAAAUUACAGAAUGUUUUUAAUUUAUUGCCAAAUUUGAUGCAACAACUGGGGAGUGAUCCACACAGUAGCUCAGACUCGUCUCAUGAAUUAGCUACAGCAUUUACUGUCAAAACAAAUGAUGAAUUGAUGAUCAUAUACAUUAGUAUGUUAGUUCGAGCUAUUAUUGCUUUCCAUGAUUUGAUUGAAAACAAGUUAGAAAAUAAAAAGUUGAACGAAAGUAAAGCACAAGCUUCUGUGGCAGACUUGUCAUUAAAUAGCGAAAAGAAAGAUUCUAUAGAAGAAUAA